UCAUGCUGCUGCCAGGUCCACAGUGUGUCAUGCCAUGUGCCACUUUCAGGUCUCCUCACACUGCUGGUGUGUUUCAUUUUGUCAUAGGAUGCUGGCAGAUUACGGGCCUCACAUUGCUGCUGCCAGGCCCCAAAUCUGCCAUGGGCCCCCGUACCGCCUCGUCACGCUGCUGCUAGGUCCACAGUGUGUCAUGGGUCCCUGUACGGCCUCCCAUUGAUGCUGUUUCCAUCGCCACACUCUGCCAUGUGCCACUUUGAGGUCUCCUCACACUCCUGCUGGUUUCCAUUUUGUCAUAGGUUGCUGGCAGAUUACAGGCCUCCCAUAGGUGCUG